CUUCAGUCAUAUGAUUUAAUGUAUGACAGGGAGAGCCUCGACAACACACAUCACUAUAUCACUUGUUUAGAAGAUGUUUUUGAUAUAAAACAACCACAAAUGCGGCAUUAGGACAUUUAAUGUGCAUCUUCAUAACAUGAAUUGAGAUAUUACAGUCAUUUAUUGCGGAUACAGCGAGUAACAAUGGCGGAAGCGGAGGAGCAGGGCAGAAAACCAAGUGAGGAAUUCACAGAUGAGUCUGAGGAGGAGGAUAGCGAGGAGGAGCCUAAGCUCAAGUAUGAGAGGCUCUCCAACGGAGUGACAGAAAUCCUCCAGAAGGAUGCAGCCAGCUGUAUGACCGUCCAUGACAAGUUUCUUGCCCUAGGUACACAUUUUGGAAAAGUCUUCCUGCUGGAUAUCCAAGGAAAUGUUACACAAAAGUUUGAAAUUAGUUCAGUGAAGAUCAACCAGAUCAGUCUGGAUGAAAGUGGAGAGCAUGUGGGCAUCUGCUCCGAGGAUGGGAAGGUUCAAGUGUUCGGACUGUAUACAAGAGAGGGCUUCCAUGAGAACUUUGACUGUCCCAUUAAAGUGGUGGCUUUACACCCUCAGUUCACCAGAUCAAACUACAAACAGUUUGUCACAGGAGGCAACAAGCUGCUUCUGUAUGAAAGGAACUGGUUGAACCGCUGGAAGAUGUCUGUUCUGCAUGAAGGCGAGGGCUCAAUCACAAACAUCCAGUGGAGAGCAAACCUAAUCGCCUGGGCCAACAAUGUGGGAGUGAAAAUCUAUGAUAUCAGCACAAAGCAGCGCAUCACAAACGUGCUGCGGGAUAAUGUGAGUCUAAGGCCUGACAUGUACCCGUGCAGCCUGUGCUGGAAGGACAACACCACCCUAAUUGUUGGCUGGGGUACCUCCAUUAAGAUUUGUGUUGUGAAAGAGCGAAAUCCUACUGAAAUGAGAGAUCUGCCCAGUCGCUAUGUGGAAAUAGUGUCUGCAUUUGAGACUGAGUUUUUCAUCAGUGGUCUGGCCCCACUGGCGGAUCAGCUCGUCACCCUGUACUUUGUGAAGGAGAACUCUGAGCACAUGGAUGAAGAGUUUCGUGCCCGGCCUCGCCUCGACAUCAUCCAGCCUCUCCCUGAGAGCUGCGAGGAGAUCUCUUCCGACGCACUGACUGUGCGCAACUUCCAAGACAACGAGUGCCGAGACUACCGCCUCGAGCAUUCAGAGGGAGAGUCACUCUUCUACAUCAUCAGCCCCAAAGACAUUGUGGUGGCCAAAGAGCGAGACCAAGAUGACCACAUCGAUUGGCUGCUGGAAAAGAAGAAAUAUGAGGAAGCUUUGAUGGCUGCAGAGAUCAGCUUUAAAAACAUCAAGAGACAUGACGUUCAGAAGAUCGGCAUGGCUUAUAUCAACCAUUUAGUAGAGAAAGGAGACUAUGACAGCGCUGCCAGAAAGUGUCAAAAAGUUCUUGGGAAAAACAUGGAACUCUGGGAAAAUGAAGUUUACCGAUUCAAGACCAUUGGACAGCUGAAGGCCAUCAGUCAGUAUCUGCCCAGAGGAGAUCUGCGCCUCAGACCUGCCAUCUAUGAAAUGAUCUUGCACGAGUUUCUCAAAACUGACUAUGAGGGCUUUGCAACACUGAUCCGGGAAUGGCCCGGUGAGCUUUAUAACAACAUGGCCAUAGUUCAGGCAGUCACUGAUCACCUAAAGAGAGACCCCACUAACAGAACGCUGCUCACCACACUGGCUGAACUGUACACAUAUGACCAGCGGUACGACAGAGCUUUAGAGAUCUACCUGAGACUGAGGCACAAAGAUGUUUACCAGCUGAUCCACAAACACAACCUGUUCUCCUCCAUAGAAGACAAGAUCGUGCUCCUCAUGGACUUUGAUAAAGAGAAAGCUGUUGACAUGCUUCUAGACAAUGAAGACAAGAUAUCCACUGACAGGGUGGUGGAAGAGCUGGCAGACAGGCCAGAGCUUCUGCAUGUGUAUCUCCAUAAACUAUUCAAACGGGAUCACCACAAAGGCCAGAAAUACCACGAGAGACAGAUUGGCCUUUAUGCCGAAUACGACCGUCCAAAUCUGUUGCCUUUCCUGAGAGACAGCACACACUGCCCCCUUGAAAAGGCUCUGGAGGUUUGUCAGCAGAGGAACUUUGUAGAAGAGACUGUCUUCCUGCUCAGCAGGAUGGGUAACUGCAGGCGAGCGCUGCAGAUGAUCAUGGAGGAGCUGGAGGAUGUAGACAAAGCUAUCGAGUUUGCCAAAGAGCAGGAUGAUGCAGAGCUGUGGGAGGACCUCAUUUCUUACUCUAUUGAUAAACCACCAUUCAUCACGGGCCUUCUUAACAAUAUUGGCACUCAUGUGGAUCCCAUCCUGCUCAUCCAUCGCAUUAAGGAGGGCAUGGAGAUCCCAAACCUCCGAGAUUCACUAGUAAAGAUCCUCCAGGACUACAACCUGCAGAUCCUUCUGAGAGAAGGCUGUAAAAAGAUCCUGGUGGCCGACUCCCUCUCUCUUCUCCAGAAGAUGCAUCGCACACAGAUGAGAGGCGUCAGGGUCGAUGAGGAGAAUAUCUGUGAAUCCUGCCAUGCCACCAUAUUACCAUCAGAUAUGGCCAAAACCUUUAACGUGGUGGUGUUUCACUGUCGACACAUGUUUCAUAAGGAAUGUUUGCCAUCUGCAGGAACAAUUCCUGGAGUGCAGUUUUGUAACAUCUGCAGUGCAAAGAGACGUGGACCAGGAAGUGGAAUCCUUGAAAUGAAAAAGUAAUGCUGAUAAAUGCACUUGCAGUUUUAGUUUUGAUGCCUUUAUCCCCCCUCCUUCAAGAUGAUGUCCCUUUAUUGUCAGCUGUCAGUAUAUGAUCAAUGAAUAUAUCAGUCAGUGAGCUGCACACAGGCAAAAAUGCAUACUAUUUAUAUUGGACUGUCUGUUUAUUUACAGCUAACAACUGUAUAGCACUGCACUUGUUCUGCUUUCCACUAACGUGAUUUGUCUGCAAUGUCUGAAAAAUAAAAACAUAUAAAACUGAA